AGUCUGGCCAAUGAAAUGUUUGGCUACAAUGGCUGGGCUCAUUCUAUCACACAGCAAAAUGUGGAUUUUGUUGACCUCAAUAAUGGCAAAUUCUAUGUGGGGGUCUGUGCAUUUGUGAGGGUCCAGCUAAAGGAUGGUUCAUAUCAUGAAGAUGUGGGUUAUGGUGUUAGUGAGGGCCUAAAGUCAAAGGCCCUGUCUUUGGAGAAGGCAAGAAAGGAGGCAGUGACAGAUGGACUGAAGCGAGCACUCAGGUGUUUUGGGAAUGCUCUUGGGAAUUGUAUCUUGGAUAAAGAUUACCUGAAAUCUUUAGACAAGCUUCCACGACAGCGCCCAUCGGAACUGGACUUAGCAAAUAUCAAAAGACAAGACUUUGAACCCUCUGUAGAGCAGACAAGAUAUCACAGCUGCCUAAAAAAUGUGGUUCCUGCACCCCAACAGGUGCAGGAGGUGGUAUCUCCUUGUGGACCAGACUGCAUAGAAUCUCCUGCCCUUGUGGUACAGGGAGAGCCAAGAAAUGGUUCAUGCAGAAACAUCUGCUUGUCCUUGGAGGGGGAUGCCACAUACCAGCGUAAGCUUCGGCAAAAGCAGUUGCAGCAGGAAUUCCGGGAGCAGAUGGAAAAGCAGCAGCAGCAGCAGCAGCAACAGCAGCAGCAGCAGCAGGAUCAAAUAGCAGCUCCUUCAGGGGAAUUUCAGAGUCAUAGUAGACCAGAAAAGCCAGCAGCAGAACCCUUGAGGACAAAGAAAGGAGGACUCGGUGUCCCUCCUUUGAAACACAGCACUCCAAUGGCUGCUAUUUCAGGGCCACUCCCAGAGGAAGAAUUCCUUGAAGAUGACCCUGAAAUGUGGGAUCUCCCUUUAGAUGAAGCAGACGUUAAUGCCAUUAAGCCCGUGCUGGGCUCGGGGCCCAGUUCAUGCCAUCUACCUGCCACACCUGACACAAGGAAUCAUGUGACAGCCUUGGGCAAGAUGCUUCCUAAGCCGAGCCACCAGAGGCCUCUGUCAGGGAACAGCCCUUCUAGGAGGAACCAGAGCCUGAAGAAAAGAAAAUUGGAUUCCCAUUAAAUGGGGCCUGGAACUCUGAUGAUACCAGGCUGUUAGAAGGACCCUGGAAAAUACCAGGAGGCUGUGCUCAAGAGGACUUGGCCUGUCAUGGCCUUGAGAUGGGCGUUAGAAUUCACUUCCUUACAGUUCCCUCCAGGGACACCACGCGCCUCACUCCCUGGGACUUAGCAGGCUUGAACCAAGGCAUUUCCCUCCAGCGAUGCUUUUGAGGUCCCAUCCUAGGAGUCUGGACACUUUUCUUUAAUCAGGCAGGUUUCAGGGCCCGCCUCCUGCAUAGAUUGCGGACAAAACUUAAGAGAAAGCCAACAGCAUGUUUAGAGCCCCCCGUGCUGGGGAGGGAACCCAAGCCAGAAUUCUGUCCCACGUAAGUGAGCCGAGCUUGCUUUAAGACCAGCAGAGCUCCCCAGACAAGGGGCCCUUAGGGGCUUGGUAGACUUUCCUGGAGCCUUUGCCCUUUUAGUGCUACCAGUAUGUUAAUAAAGUGCACAUUUUAUCCGUUACCAGUUGGCGGCCUCCCGCAGUGCCCACUUUCCAGGGGAAGCACCCUGUUAAGCAUUCUCUCAAUUAAGAGGGAGGGACCAAGUCAUUUUGAUACAACUGUUUGGUGAUACGUCUUGGAAGCAAAGAUAACCCGCCUCUGCUGCCUACUGCUUACUUCCACUCCUCAGGCUAUUCUCUCUCUCUUUCAUGGGAGAUUGUCACCUUUCUGCGGCACCCACUGCUCAGAUUUAUUUCCUUUAAUACCUUGAAAGUCAAAUGCCUGGAAGUCUAGUCUGUGCAUAAAAAUGACAGACUGACAUCCACAGCAGUACCGGCUCCAGGAGGAAUCUGGCGGCCUUCUUCACGGAGUAAGGGGAGCCGGCAUGGGGUGUUUCAGCAGCAGCAACUGCCCAUCUUUGGAGUUUCUGCAAUCAUCUACCUUUUAAAACAUGACGCUCACUAGGAACAUAUACUCGCUCACUUCUCAUUUUGGCUUCCUCUCCCUUCAUUCAGCCGUACCUUAAAAGAGAAGAAUCGGAGCUGUCCUCUCUUAAGGUACUGCUGCCCACAAACCCAUCUCAGAGGCUUGUUUUGAGGAUUGGGUGAGAUAAUUGUCCAUUUGCAAACUUUGGUGUGCUAAAUAAAUGCCAGCGAGAGCAUUCUGAGGUCUUUCUUGUCACAAAUCAACCAUGGCCUUCCCUGAACACCCCCCGCCUCCCAACUCUGCAGGUUCCCCAGUGCCCAGCACACAAUUGGCAAUUGUUAGGGGAGAAAGCUUGACCCUUCAAAAGCUUUAAAAACCCACAUCAUGCAAUACUAGAUGUGGCUAUUCCGAUGUUUUUAUCCUUCCACAAUAGUUCUUGCAGGCCUGCUCCAUUAACAGAGCAAGAUCCCCUCUCCGUGUCCCACAGUAAAACUUUUUAGCUGAGACACAGUGCCUGCGCACACAGUGCGGAGAACUUAGGCCAUGGGCACUCUCCUCCUCCUCUUAGUUCCCGACUCUUCCCCUUCUGCCCCAUGCAUGAGCUGCCUCUCGUCGCUCUUUUUACAUGCCCGCCUGCCCACCUGUGCCCAAAAGGAAAUCCUCCAUCUCUCGUGUCAUCUUAGGCAAGAGUUCAAUCUGCUCCAAGUAGAGCUACGGAUAAGCCUUGGGACUGGAAAAAAGGCUGCACGUGAAACCACAGCUCCACAAAAGCAAGUUCGGUUUAUUUGAAUGGUUUCAUUAAAUAAGUCUACAAAGGUAACAAACUGCAGCGCAAAGCGCAAUCUUACAAGAAGCGCAACGGCCAGUUAGUGCAAAAUAUACAAUUAACGGCUGCUCAGAAACCCCCAAGGUUUGAAUUAAUUUUAUUUUUUUUACAGUGUACAUUGUUAAAUAAUGUAAAGAAAACAUUUGUAAUUAAGAAACAGUUUUUUUUUAAAUGUGGAAAAAGAUACUCUAAGUGUACUAUUAACACAAAAUAAUUUAAACAGUUCAGUAGCAUUAGUUUAUUCCUCUAGGUUUCAGUUAUUUCGUCCACAGGUGGGAAAUCAAUAGUAAAUAAAAACCAGUUCUUGGUUAAAUGUUGAACCUAGUAAAUGUUUUUGUAAGUGAAAAGCCCCUCAAACUUUUAAACCAAGAGAGUUAAAUAACUAUGUGCUGCAUUUGGCUGCCCAGUUCUUCUGGCAGAAUGUUGUCAUCUCUCCUAUUUCUGUCCUAUUAGAUAGCUCAUUGCUCAAUUUUUGGGAUCUUUUUUAUUUCAUCCUUACCCUAUGAUCUCCCCUCAUCCUCUCUAUUCUAGGCAAGGCCUUUUUCUCAAAAUUGAAAACAAAACGAAACAUUUGUAUGGUUAUCAAGGUUCACCAUCCCCACCCCUCCUUUUUCUGCUUCCCUAGAUCAUUCGGCUACUUGUUUUGUCUUACUUGCAGUUUUAGAGCCAUAUUUCAUUUAACUCGGGGAAAUAAAUCAUUCAAGGAACAUACAGGAUAGCCACCUUUUCCGCCAUAUAUGAUCAAGUUUUUGUUUUUACAAGGUGUGUGUCCUCUGUGCUGUAUGAAGUUGGAUCAGGGGUUGGAAACAUUUUCUCCCCUUUUGUUAUGAAAACAGAGAAGCACCCACAGAUAGACAAAUCCAAAGAAACACCUUCCAUAUCUCCACAGACAGCAGAGAUAUCAAAUCAUUAGGCAUGUUUUUUUUUUUUUCUCCUCCUGGAGCCUUGAAUGUUCUGGAGUUG